CAAGCACCUUUCGUGUGUUCCGUUUUGGGUCAGUUUCGUCAAACCUGCGUUUGUUAUAAAGAGUUAUUUCAACUAUAUUUCAAGAUGCCAAAGGUGGUGUCAAAGAGCGUUGUGUGUACGGACACGAAGGAUCAAGAAGAAUACCAGGGAGAGAAGCCCCUAUAUGUUUAUUAUUGUAUCUGUGGACAAAUGUGCCUCAUUUUAGAUUGUCCAAUGGACAAAUUGCCACUCAGAAAACGAGACAACUCUCGAGUCAUCGAUGGGCAAAAGCAUGCACACAAGUUGACCUGUGACCCUGAUGACAUCAUAUAUCUCAGACGGCCUGAAGGUAUUGAGAAGCAGUACAGGCAGAAAUGUAAGAGGUGUGGACUGUGGCUGUAUUAUCAUCACCAAGGCAACAGCAACGUUAUGUUUGUCAUCGACGGUGCUCUAAAACGUGAGACAGAUGGAAUUAAGACUGAUGUCUACAGUCAGUUAGCAGCUCCCAAGAAGGUUACACUAACAAAGCACACAAAGAACAUGGGCAAGUUCAGUUCUGUCACCGUGUCAACUGUAGACGAAGAAGAAGAAGAGAUUGAGGCGAAAGAAAUAGCCGAUUCAUAUGCAGCCAAUGCCAAGGUCAUUGAGAAGCAGUUGCUGAGGAAAGGGAUGAGUAAACGGAAGCUUCUGGAACAGGCUGAGGAAGAGGCAAAGAAGAUGAGACCGAAAGGAACGCUGAUUGACAAAUGAGGAGUGCCAUGGGUGACACUGUUCACCAGUUCACCAGCUCACCCACUGUGAGGAUUGGCUAUUGUAUAUCCUUAUACCACAUAGGGGUGCCACAGUCAUUAUACCUACGACUUUGUGCAACAUUUAGCCAUGUCCAUCACUGUCCUUCAGGGUUGUACAAGCCAAUGUCUGUAAUAGGGGUUCUACAAGGAAGAGCAUCUGUGUUUUCCUCCAGGGGCCGAACAAGUAUGACUGUGAUUGGAUGUUAUUCAAGACAGACGCUGUAAUUACUGUCUGUAAGACAGACCUAUCCCUCAAGGGAUGAUUUGACCUGAAAUGGUGCGUAAAUCUAACAUGUGGGAACGUAUGUGUGAUGUGUAAUGCAGUGUACAGAGCGAUGUUUAUAUUGUCAGAUAUAACUACGAGACAAAAAGCAUCCAGGGAGAUUGUAAAUGUGUACAAAAAAAUUCAUAAUGUAUAUAUUAUCUUGAUGUUGACAAUUCACUGACAUUUUCAUUACCAUGUGCCAGAGCAGAUCAGCGAAAUAUGGGUUAUUCAUUUAAUCAGAGUUGCAUCCCUUAGUUUUGCCAGGAUCAGAAUACCUUUGGUUUGAAUUCACAAUUAUGAUCCACAGUUCAUUGGAGCCCUU